AUGGACGCCGCCACCCAACCGGUGUGGGCUGGGGUCACCUGGCUCCGCGAGGUGGCCACGCAGGUGAUCGAGAGCGUCGUACCGCCCGCCGCGUCGCCGCCGCCGCCGCCGCCGCCCCCCGCCCUGCGCCUCGCGCCCGGCGUCGUGAGGGCGAUCGCAGCCGUAGGAUGGACGGCCGUGGCACUGUGGACAGGCGUGCACUUCGUGCGCCACUGGCGCCGUGCCAGCCGUCGAAGCGUCGCCCCGCUGAAGCGCACGCAGUGUGUGCUUGUGCUGGGCGGCGAUACGCCGCUUGGACAGUCGGUCGUGGAGUACCUGCUCGCUCACAACCUGAUCGUACUGGCGUCCGUCUCGAGUGCCGCCUCAGCUCGGGCGCUCGAGGCACGGAUCGACCCAGAGAUGCAGGGAUACGUCCGAACCAUCCAACUACACGAUGCUACCUCUUUCGUACAUGCCGUACAUGCCAGUUUGUGCCUGCGCUACCCGUGGACGGCCACGGGCGAUCCGUACGCCCGCCCCGGCCAGGCCGUCGAGUGGCUCGGCACCGUCAACACCCUCGGCAUGACCGACACGCUGCCGGACGUGCUGCAGCGACUGGCCUCCCUGCGACCUCAUCGCAUGAUUCACAUACUACCAGGCUCCUCUCGUGCUAGCUCGACAGCGAUAGGAGCACCGUCAGUGACACUGCAUGCGUCGCCACGCUCCGAAUCGCGCGUCUUGGCACGCAUGCUCCGCCUCCUUCUUCCUAGCCGCACAUGGCGCGCGUGCCUCUCAUCGUGGCUUUCCUCCUUAGGGACCCGCCUGCGGUCGCUUAUGUAG